AUGGGGAGAAACGACAAAAAAGGCGGCGACAAGGCUGGGGCUAAAGGCAAGGCAAGCGACAAGGAAGCAGCGGGCAAGGCAAAGGGCGCGCAAUUGAUCAAUGUCCGCCACAUCCUGUGCGAGAAGUACGCGAAGAAGGAGGAAGCGCUCGCGAAGCUCAACGAUGGCGUUAAGUUUGACGAGGUUGCGCGUAACUAUUCUGAGGACAAGGCUCGCGUCGGUGGCGCUCUCGGCUGGAAGCCUAAAGGAAGCCUUGAUCCCAAAUUCGAAGAGGUUGCGUUUGCGUUGGAGCCCAGCACGACGAACACUCCAAAGAUUGGCGAGGCCAAGACGGAGUUUGGCUACCACAUCAUCAUGGUAGAAGGUCGCAAGUAG